AUGCAGAGCUUCAAAGAGUCCCAUUCUCAUGAAUCCCUGCUGUCUCCCAGUAGUGCAGCUGAGGCACUGGACCUCACACUGGACGAGGAUGCCAUCAUCAAACCGGUUCACUCCAGCAUUUUAGGGCAGGAGUACUGCUUUGAGGUGACGACUGCUUCGGGAACAAAGUGCUUUGCUUGUCGAUCGGCUGCAGAAAGAGACAAAUGGAUCGAGAAUCUACAGAGAGCUGUGAAGCCCAACAAAGACAACAGUCGGAGAGUGGACAAUGUCUUGAAGCUCUGGAUCAUCGAGGCCCGGGAGCUGCCACCCAAAAAACGUUACUACUGUGAACUGUGUUUGGACGACAUGCUGUACGCACGCACCACCAGCAAACCCCGCACCGACACUGUCUUCUGGGGCGAGCACUUUGAGUUCAACAACCUCCCGGCUGUCCGCAACCUCCGACUUCAUCUCUACAAAGAGACGGACAAGAAAAGACGCAAGGAGAAAAGCACAUAUCUAGGACUGGUCAGCAUCCCCAUAUCCAGCAUCACCGGUCGGCAGUUUGUAGAGCAAUGGUACCCUGUCAUUCAGCCCAGUGUCCUGGCCAAAGGAGGCGGUGUAGGAGGGGGUAAAAUCAUCAAUGCCUCUUUGCGGCUCAAGUCUCGCUACCAGACCAUGAGCAUCCUGCCAAUGGAGCUGUACAAAGAAUUUGCAGAGUAUGUCACCAACAACUACAGGACGUUGUGUGCUGUCUUGGAGCCUCUGCUGAGUGUCAAAAGCAAGGAGGAAGUAGCCUGUGCACUGGUACACAUCCUACAAAGCACAGGGAAGGCAAAGGACUUUCUUUCAGACAUGGCGAUGUGUGAGGUGGACCGAUUCAUAGACCGAGAGCACCUUAUAUUCCGAGAGAACACCUUAGCCACCAAAGCUAUAGAAGAGUACCUCAAACUCAUCGGACACAAGUACCUCAAGGAUGCUUUAGGUGACUUCAUCCGAGCGCUGUAUGAGUCAGAGGAGAACUGCGAGGUUGAUCCCAUGAGAACUCCACCUUCUGUUCUACUGGACCAUCAGGCGAAUCUUCGCAUGUGUUGUGAGCUUGCUCUCUGCAAAAUCGUCAACUCGCAUUGUGUUUUUCCACGUGAGCUGAAGGAGGUCUUUGCGUCUUGGCGAGUACGCUGUGCGGAGAGGGGGAGGGAGGACAUUGCUGACCGCCUGAUCAGUGGCUCCCUCUUCCUGCGCUUCCUUUGUCCAGCUGUCAUGUCUCCAUCGUUGUUCAACCUCACCCAGGAAUACCCGGACGAACAGACAUCACGCACACUCACCCUCAUAGCCAAAGUGCUGCAGAACCUCGCUAACUUCUCCAAGUUUGGCAGUAAGGAGGAGUAUAUGUGCUUCAUGAACGAGUUCUUAGAGAUGGAGUGGGGCUCCAUGCAGCAGUUCCUGUAUGAAAUCUCCAAUCUUGACAGCAUAAGCAAUGCCGGGGCUUUUGAGGGAUACAUUGACCUGGGCAGAGAGCUUUCAGUCCUGCACAGCCUCCUGUGGGAGGUCAUGGCUCAGCUCAGUAAGGAUGCAAUUAUCAAACUCGGACCAUUACCCCGCCUCCUGAAUGACAUCAGCAUGGCCCUUCGCAAUCCUCAUCUCCAAAGGCAGCCCAGUCACCAGACAGACAGACAGCCUCCAGAAAGACAAACGGACCGUUUACUCUCUCGACCCAGCUUCAACAGGGGAAUCUCUUCCGAGUUUCAGAACCUCAUGAUGAGGGACCUUAACAGUUCCAUAGAUAUCACUCGCUUGCCUUCCCCAACAUCCGCCAUGUCCAGCGGUGUCGUUCCUCCAUCGCGAGCUGGAAUGGGUGGUUACGUUGAUCGGGAUCAUCCGCAUCGGGCUUCUUCUAAAGAUGUUUUCUAUGUUACACGUCCCCCGCUGGCCCGGUCCAGUCCUGCGUAUUGUACGAGCAGCUCCGAUAUCACCGACCCAGACCCAAAGGUUCUGACCGUUAAUGAAAGUAUUUCUAUGAUGGACCUCCAGGACUCAAGAAUGAACAGCGUCUCUAACCUGCAGUCUGUGGGGGACAUGCUCAACUCUCCCCAGGCCUCACUUGCUGGGUUCGGUGGCCUUGGUGGUGCUGGAGUAAGCCUCGGAGGUCAGCUGCGCGCCGGCGGAGGGAGGAUGUCGGCUGGGUCGGGUGGCUCCAGUGUGUCCGGUGGCCUGCGACUAAGCCAGCUGAGCCAGACGGGGACCGCCACCGACUCGCUGUCCCAGCAGCAGCAGCAGCAGGCCGCCGCACUCCGCUACCCGCUCUCCUUCCAGAACCCUCUGUUCCACAUGGCUGCCGACGGGCCUCAACUCCAGCGCCAGCCCAGUCGUGCUCAGGUGCCUCCACCCCUCCUGCUGGCUCCAGAGCCAGACUCCUCCCACCCUGCAUACCUGCCACAGUUCGCUCGUGGCGCUUUCUCCCGGAGCGAAGACCUCUCCACACUUAGACCUGGACCACACCUCGGCCAGCCCAGUAUUGUCCACUCCCACAGCUAUAGUGAUGAAUACAGCCGGGGAGAUUACGCCCGACGGCAACUCUCUAUGCACAUGCAGGAAAACCUCCAGCAGCAGCAGAUGAUGGGCAUGGCCUCACAGACUGGCACGUCUCAUUCCUCGCUUGCCUCGCCUCCCACUACUGUCCAGCCUGUCCGUCAGAGCUCCAUGGCUCCGCCUCCCACACAGCGCAUGAAGUCUCAAACCUCCCAUCAGCUUUCUGUGAGUUCGGCUGCCGGUGCCACGCCCCCCAGCAAGACGAGGCCUCAGAGCGGAAACCUGCUCCAGUCUCCUGAGUCAGGCUACGGGGGCAGGCAGCAGGUCCCACGGCAGCAGCUGUCAGUCAAGGAUAACACCGCCCCCGGCCUUCCUCAUCAGCACAGCUCCACCCGCGAGAGCCAGGGAUCUCAGGGUUCUCAAGGGGGAACGCCACAGUCAACGCAGCAGUCGCACAAGGAGCGACAACAUUCGCAGCAGCACUUACUCAAGCCUUCCAUCAGCAAACAGGGCUCAUCUCCCAACACGUUGAACCCGCCCACCCCUGCCUCAGAAAGGACAGUCGCCUGGGUGUCCAACAUGCCACACCUUUCCGCUGACAUCGAGAGCUCACGCAUCGAGAGAGAAGAGUAUAAGCUUAAGGAGUACUCCAAAAGCAUGGACGAGUCACGUUUAGAUCGGGUACGGGAGUACGAGGAGGAGAUCCAGUCUCUGAAGGAGCGUCUGAUGAUGUCCCACCGCAAGCUGGAGGAGUACGAGCGGAGGCUAAUCACUCAGGAGCAACAGACCAGCAAGAUCCUGCUGCAGUACCAGAGCCGGCUGGAGGACAGCGAGAGGAGGCUGAGGCAACAGCAGAUGGAGAAGGACUCCCAGAUUAAAGGAAUAAUCGACAGACUCAUGGCGGUGGAGGACGAGCUGAGGGGAGGGGUAGCAUCGGAGCACAAAGCCAGGAUGUUUGCAGAUCAGGGGAGGCGGCAAUCCAUCCUAGUGCAGCCCCGUCUCGCGCCCGUCCCUCCUCGAAUGCACAGGUAAUGAAGCAGCUGAGUGUGAGCCACCCAUCACCAUCCACCCUACCAACCAACCGACCAACCAAUCACGUCUGGCCUGUGUGUGUGUGUGUGU